AUGCAAGCCUUCAACAAUGUACCUUUAUCUCAGGAACUUCACUUUCCUGAACAAAGUACAAUUCGAAGGUAUUACGUUGAAACCAACCAAAAUAACAUACAACAAGAUUUCAGCAUCCCUCUACAGGAUGAUAUUGAUUCAUUUAAAUUUUACGUGGUAGCUCGUCGAAAUUAUUCUGUGGACGUCCCAUUCGUUAUUCCGAGGUUUUUUACACAGUUUAAUUCCGAUUUCGGACUCUUUUCACCCACUGAAGAAACUUCAAAUGACUUCUUUGAUCGUGGAAUUACUUCCACUGAAGAUGCUGAAGUGGAUGAUUCGCCGUUUCCAUCCUCUAAACGCAGAAUGACUCAUUCUAAACCCUCUGAUCCUAAACCUGUAACCCAGCCUAAACCAACUAUACUUGAUAGCUUGCGCGAUACUGUUGAUAUUCUUCAACAAAGUGUUAACAGGAUAUCAAACAAAUUAGAUAAUAUACCACUGCAACAAUAUACUUCAAGACGUAAAUCUAAUGAAUCAGAAAUAGAAAGGGGUUUAUCUAGGGAAUUAAAAUUACAAAGGCGUAGAUCUAGGGAUUCAGAACUAGAAAGGAAUUUAUCUAAGGAAUUAAAAUUACAAAGAAAAUUAGCUAGUGAACUAGUGGAAAUAAGAGAUGAACCUGGUGAGUUAAGAGAUAAAGAGGAGAAUCCAGAUUUUUCAUCGCAAUUUCAAGAGCCUUUUGGGGAGAGUGAGUUCGAUGAUAUCUCUGGUUCUUACCCACAGUCACCUCACAUUUCACCUGGAAAACAUACUUUAAAACACCUAGAAAACAUUACAGCAAAACCCUUAGAUAAUACUAUUCCACCAGUGCCAUUGAGGACUGGUAAAGUAGGACGACCUAAAGGAUCUACCAAAUCAGUAUCUAACACCUUUGGUAAUGUUAGGGAUAUUAGUAAUGUUAAGGGGUUGAGUACUCUGAAGAGUGUGAGUGGAAAGGAAAUGAAUACAGAUAAGAGAUUUAAGAGAAGUGAUACAAGUAAUGUAUUAUAUAAAUUAAAUCGUAAAGGCUCAAGUCUGAGUAAAAAAGGUCAUGGGAAACUUAAAAGUGUCAAGAAAACAUCAAUUCAAUCAUCAAGACGUAGUUCAGAUUUAAAAAAUAUUUCAAUUCGAUCAUCAAGACGUAGUUCUGAUUUAAAAAGUGUUUCAAUUCAGAGUUUAGCUGAGAUUUCAAUUGAUGAUUUGGGAGAUAAACAUGAAUUUGGAGGUGAAGUAGUACCUCAAACACCCAAUAGGAGUAGAACAACUAUUGGUGUUGGAACAUCAACCAGAGGAAGGAAAGUUAGACGUAGUAGAAGACCUUCAAUUAAUAGCUCAUCCCUAUUAAACAGUCUUUACAUAUAUAAAAGAACUGAAAGUGAUGCUAGCGAUUGGCCAUAUGAACAUGAAUCUGUAACUCGAAGUGUUCGAUACCCAAAGCGUUCAAGACUACCACCAAGUCAACACUGGGCCUCAAAUGUAAUUUCAGACGGUUCAUCAGUAGUAUUUCUUGCAGGGGUUUCUAAGGCUGAUAAACGGAAGAAAAGGUCAGGAAAUGCAUUUGGAAAUGAUAUGCCAGAAAGUUCACUAGUUUUAACGAGGGAGAAUGGCGAUGUUGAGCUUAAACUCGUUGACAGAAGUGCUGAAGAUACGCCUAAGCUCAGGAGAAUCUCGACUUAUUUGCAGACGUUCUCUAGCAAAGCCACUUCAGUACCAAAACGACGUGGUAGACCGAAGAAAAUAUUGGCUCACCGCAGUACAACUACUGACUUGGUUCCAAUUGGUGGUACAGACUCGGUGCUAGUUGCUGAUGAUCCAGACUCAAUGCCAGUUGGUAGUGGUGACUUAGUGCCAAUUGCUGAUACUGAUGAGCUAGCUCCCACGAAUAAUACUGACAUACAACCCAUUACUAAUAUUCAAGUACGCAGGAAAACAAAUGUGGUAAGAAGAGGAAAGGUGAAGAUAACGAAAGAUUUAUCAGUAGAUGAGGCGUUGGAGAUUUUAAAGGAUGCGCCAAUGAUUUAUGACGAGAAAAAGGGAUUGGAAAUAGCAAUUGUAGAUGAAAGUCCGAAAACAGUAAAUGAAAUGGCAGAUUUAAAGCGUAGAAUUAGUAGGAGGAAGAAUUUCCACCAAGAACUCCUGAAACCAGACGAUAAUUUCGACUCAUUUGUCGAAGAUGACGUUAAUAGGAUUUAUUAUAAGUCUCUGUAUCCUCCAUAUGAGGAAACUUCACAAAUUCAGCAAUGCCACAUAUAUCCCAUGGUAAUAACGCACCAAAUAAGGACGUCAAUAUUGGUAAUACCAAAGACUGAAACACUCUCUUUGGGAAACAUAAAAACCAACUUCAUCUGUGGAUUCGUGUGUUCUGGAAGUAGAAUAGCUUUGAAAAUGGAUGAAGAGGAGGUUCAGCAAGUCCAAGAAAAGGAAAUUUUCUUUCUAUCGAGUUUCAAACAUUGGAGUGUUGAAAACAAACACACGUAA